AUGUGUGUGUAUUGUGCAUUUGAUAAUGAAUGGUUAUUACUGUUUCAUUUUUAUAGCAGUUUUACCAAGGAGAUGCGGACCAGAACAACAAUGACGAGCGGUGCGCCCCGUGUGUAUUGUGGAGCGUUCGUGCGUAACAGGAAGCAACGGAAGAUUUUAUGCUCGCUAAAUAGAAAGCUAAAGCUGUGCCCGUAUUGUGGACGUCUCGGUUGCAGCCGUCACGUUAGACGGUGUGGGGGACAAUUAGUGAAUUGUUCCGUAUGUGGCUCAAAUGUGGUGAUUCGUGAUCUUGAUGACCAUUUUUUUCGUUGUGGGGAGCAGUGCUCCCCUAGAGUUACUGUUGGUGGUGAAGAGGGGUGUUGCGAAGAGCGGAAGGUGUGUGAAACAUAUGAUGCAUACUAUAGUGAAUGUAGCAAUGGAGGUUGCAGUGGGGACUGCGCUCACCCCGCAUGGAAUGAAGUGCCCCAGGGGAGACAGGAUAAAGGCGAUGUCUGUGUUGUCUGUGACCUGUUGCUAGUGCAUCCUGGGGGUGAGGAAGGCCAUGUCCACUGCAAGGGUCAUGUGUUUGAGUGUACCACAUGCGGACAGGUGUUUAUGACUGCUGUCGAGUACGCCAUGCAUCUUUGUUGCGGUCGCACAGAUCCUGAGCCAAAGUCUUCUACCUGUGGGCUAUCGGAAGAUACUGUAAAGGAUCGUGGAGGUUGUUCUUACCCCACAUGGGAGACUUCGUGUCUCAGUGUUUCGCCAUUAAAAGGUCCUGCCCCUCAUACGCCAGUUGCCACGAGGUCGCAAUCUCCUUCGUCGAUGCUUGUGUCGCCCGAGAUCUCGUUUUCGUGCCCCAGAUUUAUGCAAUUGACAACUGUCAAGCCUCCCAGCCGUUCCUUUGAGAAAUCAUCUGGUGCGAGCAGUGGUGUUCUUGGAGGUAACCAAGCAAAGAAGUCCAAAUCCCGACUCCGUGGCGAUUCCUCCACUGAGGCAAGGGAUGAUUUGGGCAGGCGUCAACCGAAUAAAGGAAUACAUGCGGCGGAGGGAACAGCCAGUUCCAACUUCAGGGUGUCUGGGCGUGCAGAAAGUGUACCGCGAAACCGAGUGUCAGAAGAAGGUGGUUGUAGCACAGGCCUAGUUGGACGCAAUAAUGUUUGGAGGCCACUACCUCUAUUUGCGGGAGACGGUGGGAGGAGAAUGGGACCGUCGCGAAUGUCGUCGGCUGCUGGGAGUUUAAGGAGCUCUGUGAUGGAUUCUCGUGAGCGUGACGGAGAGCAUGGAACAACAAUUUGGAGAACCAGGGAGGCACAACCGGAUAGCUUCAUUCCAAUUGUUGAGAAGACUUCACCCUCUCACCAUCAGAGUCACUCUGCCACAGUUGUCGACUGUAUGGGUUCCUCCGUGAGCGUUACUACGAUUAACAACCGUGAAGCUGCACCGCUGAGCACUGUUAACCCACAGUGCAGGAAGAAUGCAAGUCGGUGCCAACCUCGUGACGUAGCUAGCAUGCUUUCCGGAACGCGCUGCACAGUUUGCAAUGUGGCCUCGCGUUUUGGCGAUGGUUCGGGUGCGGGGUUGCGGCGUGCGGCAUCUUUUAGUGGGUGUGGAAGGCCUCGAAUGAGAUCCGCUAGGAGGUGCGGGUCCCCUUCAGGGGAUGUCGGGUGUUGUGUUCCGACGUCAGAUGACACAUAUAGGCAGAAAUCGCUGGAAAUGGUUUUGGGGCAACGUGCCCGUGAAGUGCUGAGCCAACACUCUCAAACCAACGGUGGACCUCGCGGCGAUGCGACUGUGCUUAGUUUCUAUUUGCGAGAGUGA